AUGGCAAUAUUAAAAAGCGAGGCAGCCCUCCUGGCCGCUGCUUUACCCUCCGGUCUGGUCCUCUGCCAGGAGGGAUUUAUUCCUUUUCAGGCUGACUCCCGCCUCACCCCCUCUCUCGUCAGGCAGACUCCCGCCUCACUACCGCCUCAGUCCCGCCUCCCCCCCGCUCUCGUCAGGCGGACUCCCGCUUGGCUACCACCUCAGUCCCGCUUCACUCCUGCUCUCGUCAGGAAGACCCCCGCCUCAUCCUCGCUCUCGUCAGGCAGACCCCCGCCUCACCCCCGUUCUCGUCAGGCAGACCCCUGCCUCACUACCGCCUCAAUCCCGCCUCACUCCUGUUCUCGUCAGGCAGACUCCCGCUUCACUACCGCCUCAGUCCCGCCUCACUCCUGCUCUCGUCAGGCUGACCCCCGCCUCACCCCUGCUCUCGUCAGGCAGACCCCCGCCUCACCCCCGUUCUCGUCAGGCAGACCCCCGCCUCACCCCUGCUCUCGUCAGGCAGACCCCCGCCUCACCCCCGUUCUCGUCAGGCAGACCCCCGCCUCACCCCCGUUCUCGUCAGGCAGACCCCCGCCUCACUACCGCCUCAGUCCCGCCUCACUCCUGCUCUCGUCAGGCAGACUCCCGCCUCACUACCGCCUCAGUCCCGCCUCACUCCUGCUCUCGUCAGGAAGACCCCCACCUCAUCCCCGCUCUCAUCAGGCGAGCCACGGUUCCCACGGAACAAAACGAGCCUACCACACUCGCACUUUAAAUGAGGAGGCAGAUUCGUGCCAAGGCAGACUCCCGCCUCACCCCCGUUCUCGUCAGGCAGACCCCCGCCUCAGUACUGCUCUCGUUAGGCAGGCAACCGCCUCACACCACGCUCUGAUCAGGCAGACCCCCACCUCACCCCCGCUCUCAUCAGGAAGACUACCGCCUCAACCCCGCUUUCAUCAGGCAGACUCCCGCCUCACUCCCGCUUUCGUCAGGCAGACUCCCGCCUCACUCCGGCCUCACUCCUGCUCUCGUCAGGCAGACUCCCGCCUCACCCUUGCUCUCAUCAGGCAGACACCCGCCUCACCCCCGCUUUCGUCAGGCAGACCCCCACCUCACUCCCGCUCUCAUCAGGCAGACCCCCGCCUCAAUCCCGCUCUCGUCAGGCAGACUCCCGCCUCACUCCCGCUCUCGUCAGGCAGACUCCCGCCUCACUACCGCCUCACUACCGCCUCACUACCGCCUCACUCCUGCUCUCGUCGGGCAGACUCCCGCCUCACCCUCGCUCUCAUCAGGCAGAGACCCGCCUCACUCAAGCUCUCGUCAGGCAGACUCCCGCCUCACCCCCGCUCUCGUCAGCCAGACUCCUGCCUAACCCUCGCUCUCUUUAGGCAGACACCUGCCUCACCCCCGCUCUCGUCAGGCAGACUCCUGCCUCACUCCUGCUCUCAUCAGGCAGACCCCCGCCUCAGUACUGCUCUCGUUAGGCAGGCAACCGCCUCACACCACGCUCUGAUCAGGCAGACCCCCACCUCACCCCCGCUCUCAUCAGGAAGACUACCGCCUCAACCCCGCUUUCAUCAGGUAGACCCCUUCCUCAGCCCCGCUCUCAUCAGGCAGACUCCCGCCUCACUCCCGCUUUCGUCAGGCAGACUCCCGCCUCACUCCGGCCUCACUCCUGCUCUCAUCAGGCAGACUCCCGCCUCACUCCCGCUUUCGUCAGGCAGACUCCCGCCUCACUCCGGCCUCACUCCUGCUCUCGUCAGGCAGACUCCCGCCUCACCCUUGCUCUCAUCAGGCAGACACCCGCCUCACCCCCGCUUUCGUCAGGCAGACCCCCACCUCACUCCCGCUCUCAUCAGGCAGACCCCCGCCUCAAUCCCGCUCUCGUCAGGCAGACUCCCGCCUCACUCCCGCUCUCGUCAGGCAGACUCCCGCCUCACUACCGCCUCACUACCGCCUCACUACCGCCUCACUACCGCCUCACUCCUGCUCUCGUCAGGCAGACUCCCGCCUCACCCCCGCUCUCGUCAGCCAGACUCCUGCCUAACCCUCGCUCUCUUUAGGCAGACACCUGCCUCACCCCCGCUCUCGUCAGGCAGACUCCUGCCUCACUCCUGCUCUCAUCAGGCAGACUCCCGCCUCACCCUCGCUCUCAUCAGGCAGAGACCCGCCUCACUCAAGCUCUCGUCAGGCAGACUCCCGCCUCACCCCCGCUCUCGUCAGCCAGACUCCUGCCUAACCCUCGCUCUCUUUAGGCAGACACCUGCCUCACCCCCGCUCUCGUCAGGCAGACUCCUGCCUCACUCCUGCUCUCAUCAGGCAGACUCCCGCCUCACUCCCGCUUUCGUCAGGCAGACUCCCGCCUCACUCCGGCCUCACUCCUGCUCUCAUCAGGCAGACUCCCGCCUCACUCCCGCUUUCGUCAGGCAGACUCCCGCCUCACUCCGGCCUCACUCCUGCUCUCGUCAGGCAGACUCCCGCCUCACCCUUGCUCUCAUCAGGCAGACACCCGCCUCACCCCCGCUUUCGUCAGGCAGACCCCCACCUCACUCCCGCUCUCAUCAGGCAGACCCCCGCCUCAAUCCCGCUCUCGUCAGGCAGACUCCCGCCUCACUCCCGCUCUCGUCAGGCAGACUCCCGCCUCACUACCGCCUCACUACCGCCUCACUACCGCCUCACUCCUGCUCUCGUCGGGCAGACUCCCGCCUCACCCUCGCUCUCAUCAGGCAGAGACCCGCCUCACUCAAGCUCUCGUCAGGCAGACUCCCGCCUCACCCCCGCUCUCGUCAGCCAGACUCCUGCCUAACCCUCGCUCUCUUUAGGCAGACACCUGCCUCACCCCCGCUCUCGUCAGGCAGACUCCUGCCUCACUCCUGCUCUCAUCAGGCAGACUCCCGCCUCACCCUCGCUCUCAUCAGGCAGAGACCCGCCUCACUCAAGCUCUCGUCAGGCAGACUCCCGCCUCACCCCCGCUCUCGUCAGCCAGACUCCUGCCUAACCCUCGCUCUCUUUAGGCAGACACCUGCCUCACCCCCGCUCUCGUCAGGCAGACUCCUGCCUCACUCCUGCUCUCAUCAGGCAGACUCCCGCCUCACCCCCGCUCUCUUUAGGCAGACACGUGCCUCACCCCCGCUCUCGUCAGGCAGACUCCCGCCUCACUCCUGCUCUCGUCAGGCAGACACCCGUCUCACCCUCGCUCUGGUCAGGCAGACUCCCGCCUCACCCCCGCUCUCUUUAGGCAGACAACCGCCUCACCCCCGCUCUCGUCAGGCAGACUCCCGCCUCACUCCUGCUCUCGUCAGGCAGACUCCCGCCUCACCCCCGCUCUCGUCAGGCAGACUCCCGCCUCACUCCUGCUCUCGUCAGGCAGACACCCGUCUCACCCUCGCUCUGGUCAGGCAGACUCCCGCCUCACCCCCGCUGUCUUUAGGCAGACAACCGCCUCACCCCCGCUCUCGUCAGGCAGACUCCCGCCUCACUCCUGCUCUCGUCAGGCAGACUCCCGCCUCACUCCUGCUCUUGUCAGGCAGACACCCGUCUCACCGCCGCUCUGGUCAGGCAGACUCCCGCCUCACUCCUGCUCUCGUCAGGCAGACUUCCGCCUCACCCCCGCUCUCGUCAGGCUAUCCCCGGCUCCCACGGAACAAAACGGGUCUCCCACACUCGCACUUUAAAUGA